AUGACGGUUCAUUAUCUCUACCUAAAACAUUUAACAAUACGUUUGAUCGCAUUAAUCAGCUUAAUUUCUCUGGGUGGCGCUAUUUAUUUUCCAAACGUAUACCCAAGAAUAGAUGUAAAUGUAAAACUGCCAGAAAACAUUGACAAACCUCUUAUAAUUACACCAUAUUUAAACAAAGGUCAAAUAGCCCUUGCUCAGAAUCUCUCUCGAGUAUCUAUAACGGAUAAAAUUGGAUUUCGAAGUCAUGCUGGUUUCUUUACAGUUUGUGAAAAGUAUAAAUCUAAUUUGUAUUUUUGGUACUUCCCGCCAUUUUCAAAAGUGGAAUCGGCGCCAAUCAUUCUAUGGCUCCAAGGCGGACCUGGUGGCAGUUCACUUUUCGGGCUGUUCGAGGAACUGGGACCAUUGAAAGCCAAGAAAGAAGGUUUUGCAUUGAGAAAAUAUCACUGGGCUUUAGAUUAUCAUUUAAUUUUCAUUGAUAAUCCUGUAGGCACUGGAUUUAGCUUUACACAGAAUAGUCAAGGUUACUGUAACAAUGAGGAUUGUGUUGCACAAGGUCUGUUCAGCAGUUUGCAACAAUUUCUUAAACUUUUCCCUCAUCUGAGAUACAAUGACAUGUACCUCACUGGGGAAUCGUAUGCUGGCAAAUAUAUACCAACCCUAGCUAUGAAAAUACAUGAAGAAAAUGCAGUGAAUAUAGGAAAUGACAAAAUAAAUCUUAAGGGGCUUGCUAUGGGUAAUGCAUACUGUGAUCCUAUCAACCAGUUAGAUUAUGGAAACUACCUUUACCAACAUGGUUUAAUAGACAAUAAUCAGUUGAAAGUUUUUCUGAAAUAUCAAGAAGAAAUAACUAAACAAAUUAAGAAACAAAAUUGGGAACAAGCUGAUGUUCUCAUGGACAGAUUAAUGAAUGGCCAAUUAAAUGCAUUCUCUUAUUUUAAUUUAUAUACAGGCUUUGAAUAUUACUAUAAUUUUUUACAGUCAAAACACUUUGAGGAUGAUGGUGUGUUAAAAUCUAUACUGCAAAAUGUCAAUAUAAGGCUUGGUAUGCAUGUUGGUGGGCUCCCGUUCAGUGAUGGGGAGAAUGUUCAGUUACAUUUAUCAUAUGACAUCAUGAAAUCUGUUGCACCAUUGGUUGCAGAACUGUUGCAACAUUACCGCAUUAUGUUCUAUAAUGGACAAUUAGAUAUUAUUGUUGCUUAUCCACUGACUGAGAAUUUCUUGAAUAAUUUGGAUUAUCCAGGUUCUAAGCUAUACAAGGAUGCUCUCAGGUACAUUUGGAAAGUUGGCGAUCAAGUGGCUGGUUAUGUGAAGAUUGCAGGGAACUUAACUGAUGUGUUGGUACGCAAUUCUGGUCAUAUGGUGCCCAAAGAUCAACCGAAAUGGGCUCUUGAUAUGAUUCGAAGGUUUAUAAAUAAUAAAUAUUGGUUUAACUAG